CAUUCCAAUGUUCACUCUCUCUACUUUCUCUCUCUAAAAAACUGACAUAGAAAAACAAACACCACCUAACCUUGUUGUUGCUUCCUCUUCCAUCAGCAUGCUACUAGUUCCUCCCAAACCCAUCAACACGAUCACAAUCACCAUCAUGCUAGCCUUCACCUUCUUCCUCAUCUUCUUCUCCUCCGGUUUCCUCCAUUUCCCUUCCGUUUCACCUUCUCUCCCACCCAUCCACCACUCCUUCACGCUCCCUUCCAUCAAUUCCUCUUCCGACCCCUUCACCGAUCUGCUUUCUUCCUUCAGGAAAUGGGACUCGCGAGUGGGUUGUGAUAAAUUCAGAGAGAAAACAAAUGGGGUUUUGUUGAAUCACUCAAAGGUUGUUUCUUUGCAAGAGUUUGGUGGUGGGUGUGGGGGGUUUGAACUUAAUCAUGUUAGUGUUUUGGUUAAAGGGUGGACUUGGAUUCCUGAUAAUUUGGAUAAUUUGUAUUCUUGUCGUUGUGGGUUGAGCUGUUUGUGGACCAAAUCCAAUGUUCUUGCUGAUAAACCUGAUGCUUUGUUGUUUGAAACUUCUACGCCUCCAAUUCAGGUAGAUUUUAUUUUUGCUGAAAUGUAUGAGGAACAUUUUGAUAUGCUUGAUUUUGCAAUGGUGGUGAGUUUUUUGAAGUUGAAAGGUUUGUUUAGAUAAUUGAAUUGAAUGUAC